AUGGCGAGUGGUCUCUCACACCACCUUCUCUGUAUAUAUUCCUCAAAAACGAACCCACCAUUUUCUAAAACACGAGCACUGAUCAGAAACCCAAAACGUUCCAUUGGUCUCCGGACCCUCCUCAAGUCAUCGUCUCCCAAAAACUCCAACACUUCACUGCAAAGCUCGCAGGAAGAACCAAAGCCCAUUGUCACUCCUAAACGGACCAAUCGCCCCGGCCCAAACCCACCUUCCAAAUUGUCUUAUUUCGACUCCUUCUUCAUUCGGCUUCUCCGUUUAAGAGAUGAAAGUUUUAUGUUUGAUGGGAUUGCGGUGGACAUUUUGUCAAUUGCUUUGCCUGCAGCUCUGGCUCUGGCUGCUGACCCCAUCACCUCUUUGGUUGACACAGCCUUUGUUGGGCAUUUGGGGUCUGUUGAAUUGGCAGCAGUUGGGGUGUCUGCUUCAGUAUUCAACUUAGUUUCUAAAUUGUUUAACGUUCCAUUGCUCAACAUCACCACAUCUUUUGUUGCUGAAGAGCAGGCAUUGGCUAUUAAGGCCGAGGAUAGUUCAAAUUCAAUUGGUCCUGAUGAUUGCCAGGGUGAUAGCCAAAGCAAGAAGCUCCUUCCCUCGGUAUCAACUUCGUUGGCUCUUGCUGCCACCAUUGGCAUUGCUGAAGCUGUUGCACUUUUUCUUGGGUCGGGUGUGUUGAUGAAUGUCAUGGGUAUACCUGCUGAUUCACCCAUGCGAAUACCUGCCGAGCAAUUUCUUGCCCUAAGGGCAUUUGGUGCUCCACCCAUUGUAAUUGCACUUGCUGCACAAGGCACAUUUCGUGGAUUUAAGGACACGAAGACACCUCUGUAUGCCGUUGUUGCUGGCAACGUACUUAAUGCUAUAUUGGAUGGGAUAUUGAUAUUUAUUUUCAAUUUUGGAAUUCGCGGUGCCGCUAUUGCUACGGUGAUUUCUGAGUAUUUGAUCGCUGCUAUUCUUCUGUGGAAGUUGAAUAGCAAAGUGCUCCUUGUCCCUUCUUAUAUUGAUGGGAGAAGAAUCAUAGGUUACCUUCAAUCUGGGGGUCUUCUUAUUGGCAGAAGCUUAGCAGUGGUGUUAACUACGACACUAGCCACAUCCGUGGCAGCUAGAGAGGGCCCUAUACCUAUGGCUGGUCAUCAGAUUUGCAUCCAAGUUUGGUUGGCAAUAUCUUUGCUUACAGACGCUUUAGCACUUGCUGGUCAGACACUUCUUGCCAGUGGUUACUCCCAACAAAACUAUGACCAAGCACGCCGAGUUAUAUAUAGAGUUCUACAGCUUGGCCUGGUGAUGGGAACUGGUUUGGCAGUUAUAUUGUUCAUCAGUUUUAAACCGUUUUCUAGCUUAUUCAGCACAGAUCCACAAGUUCUUGCAAUUGCAUGGUCUGGUAUAUUGUUUGUUGCUGGAUCUCAGCCAAUAAAUGCUCUAGCAUUUGUUCUUGACGGACUGUACUAUGGAGUUUCAGAUUUUGGAUAUGCUUCCUAUUCGAUGGUACUUGUAGGACUGAUUUCUUCAAUCUUCAUUCUUGUUGCUUCUCCUGCUUUUGGCCUUGCUGGAGUCUGGACUGGGUUGUUCCUCUUCAUGGCAUUGCGUGUAAUAGCUGGAAUGUGGAGGUUGGGCACAAAGAGUGGACCAUGGAAAUUGGUCUGGGAUAAGAGGAAGCUGGAAAGUUAG